UGAAACAGCAGCGCUCAAAGCUCACACACAGGACCCUGUCUAACUCCUCCUUCCCCCCAGUGACUCCUUACAGCUAACAUACUGUUAGGAACCUUAAGGCGACAGGAUGGCUGCAAAGAGAAGAAGAAGAGACUUCAAUGCAGGGUGGUUUUCAUGGUUGCCCAGCAGAGGCAAGAAAAGAAAUCAUGUCAAAGAAGCAGAUGCCGAGAUCAACAAUAUUCAGCCUACAACAGAAUCUUUACUGGAUGAAAGUCAAAAAGAAAAUGUGCAGGCAAAUGAAAAAGAAGGGAAGAAAGUGAAAGCAAAGGCUGUUAGUCCAGUGAAAAUUUUUCGCUAUUCCGAUGGUCUGGAUGUAUUCUACAUGAUCAUCGGGUCUCUUGGGGCACUCUGCAACGGGAUCUGCCUUCCUUUAAUGCACAUUGUGUUUGGUGAAAUGACCGAUAGUAUCUUGUGUCACAACUCAUCGACACAAAAUUCAUCUGUAUGUGCACAGUUCAAACCAAUAGAAGAACAGAUGGCACUGUUUUCCUUAUAUUAUGCUGCUUUAGGAGCUGCUGUCUUAGUUUGUGGAUAUGUACAAGUAUCAUUUUGGGUUCUAGCUGCUGCAAGACAGACAAGAAGAAUACGAAAAACAUUUUUCCAUUCAGUAUUAUCCAAAGAAAUGAGUUGGUUUGAUGUCACCAAAUCUGGAGAACUUAACAGUCGACUCACAGAAGACAUCAAUAAAAUUAAUGAUGGAAUUGGAGACAAAGUUGGCCAUUUUUUGCAAAAUUUCGCAACUUGUUUAGCUGGAUUAGUAAUUGGAUUGGCAAAAGGGUGGAAGCUUGCAUUAGUAUACAUGUCCACAAGUCCACUAAUGUCAAUAUCAUCAGCAUUUUGUUCUAAGAUGAUGGUGUCGCUGACAAGCAAAGAGCUCUCAGCAUAUGCAAAAGCCGGAGCCGUGGCUGAAGAGGUCCUCUCCUCCAUAAGGACAGUGGUGGCAUUUGGAGGGCAAGAGAAAGAACUAAAAAGAUACACAAAUAAUUUGGGAGAAGCCAAAAAACUUGGUAUCAAGAAAGCUAUUGCAUCCCAGCUUGCCCUUGGCUUUGUGUAUCUAAUUGUGUAUGCAUCAUACGGGCUAGGAUUUUGGUAUGGUACAGUUCUUAUUCUGGGAGAUCAGGGAUAUACCAUUGGAGAUGCCCUUGUGGUCUUCUUCAGUGUGGUAAUCAGCAGUUAUUGCCUUGGUCAGGCAAUUUCUCAUCUUGAAGCAUUUUCAAUUGCAAGAGGUGCAGCUUAUGGUAUAUAUAAUGUAAUCGACCAGACGUCCACUAUUGACAGCUUUUCAACAGAAGGAUACAGGCCAGAUACUAUAAAGGGAGAUGUGGAAUUUAAAGAUGUUCAUUUUUGUUAUCCAUCUCGACCAAAUGUUCAGGUUUUAAAUGGACUAAAUCUAAAAGUAAAAUCUGGACAGACUGUGGCAUUGGUUGGGCAGAGUGGAUGCGGUAAAAGCACCACAGUGCAGCUCCUGCAGAGAAUGUAUGAUCCACAAGAAGGAUCGAUAAUGAUUGAUGGUCAUGAUAUAAGGACUCUGAAUGUCCGACAUUAUAGAGAAUUAAUCGGUGUGGUUAGCCAGGAGCCUGUUCUGUUUGGAAACUCCAUUAAGAAAAAUAUCCAAUAUGGAAGAGAAAACGUGACGGAUGAGGAAAUUGAAGCAGCAGCUAAAGAAGCCAACGCCUAUGACUUCAUUAUGGCACUGCCUGAGAAAUUUGAGACUCUUGUUGGAGAAAGAGGAGCUCAGCUAAGUGGUGGCCAAAAACAAAGGAUAGCAAUAGCCAGAGCUUUAGUGAGAAAUCCUAAGAUACUUCUACUGGAUGAGGCUACCUCUGCACUAGAUACAGAGAGUGAAUCCAUUGUGCAAGCAGCUCUAGACAAGGCAAGUAAAGGACGUACAACCAUUGUCAUCGCUCAUCGUCUCAGCACAGUUUGGACCGCAGAUCUAAUUGUUGUGCUACAAGAUGGCAAUGUGACUGAGCAAGGCUCACAUUCCGCAUUAAUGGAGACAAAAGGAAUAUACUAUACACUUGCAACAGCACAGUGUAUACAAGGAACAGAAGAUAAUAAUGAGAAAAAAGAAAUAGCAAAUGGAAUACCCAAUAAACCAUUGUCAAUAAAAUACCCUAACUCGCCACUGAAGAAAAACAUAAAAGAGGAGAAGAAAGAUGAAGAAAAUGAAGCUGAGAACGAGGAAGAGGACAGUAUUCCCAGUGUUUCCUUCCUAAAACUUUUGCAACUUAACAAGUCUGAAUGGCCUUAUAUUAUGGUUGGGACUCUUGCAGCAUUAAUUAAUGGAGGAAGUCACCCUGCGUUUUGCAUCUUUUUUGCCAAAAUUAUAGCUAUCUUUGGUGAUGAUGAUCCGGAAAAAAUAAAACGUGAAUCUGACUUAUAUUGCAUAUUGUUUGCAGUUGUUGGAGUUGUGUCUUUUUUUACUUACUUCUUACAGGGUUAUAUGUUUGGGAGAUCAGGAGAAGUUCUCACUAUGCGUUUAAGGCAUAUGGCAUUCAAAGCAAUGCUGCAUCAGGAAAUAUCCUGGUUUGAUGACAAGAAAAAUAACACAGGAGCUUUAACAACAAGACUCUCUACUGAAGCUUCCCAGAUCCAGACGGCAACUGGCUCCAGGCUUGGCUUACUUGCACAGAAUUUUGGCAGUAUGGGACUAUCCAUUCUAAUUGCUUUGUUUUUUGGCUGGGAGAUGUCUUUGCUGAUUCUAGGAAUGACUCCUGUCCUUGUGGUCACCGGUCUUUUAGAAACCAGGGCCCUUACAGGUUUUGCUAAUCGUGAUAAAAAGGAUCUUCAAGAAGCAGGAAAGAUUGCAACUGAAGCCGUAGAAAAUAUUCGAACAGUUGUGUCUUUAACAAGAGAAAAAACGUUUGAGAACAGUUACACUGAGAGUCUGCAGAAACCGUACAGGAAUUCACAGCGAAAGGCCCAGAUAUAUGGAAUUUGCUUUGCAUUCAGCCAGUCUUUCAUAUUAUUUGCCUAUGCAGCCAGUUAUCGCUUUGGAGCUUAUCUAAUAAACGUGGGAAGGAUGAAUGUAGAAGAAGUGAUGCUUGUAUUUGUCAUCUUAACUUACGGAGCCAUCGCAGUAGGCCAGACAUUAUCCUUUGCCCCUGACUAUGCUAAAGCCACAUCUGCUGCUGGUCAUCUUUUUGCUUUGUUUAACAGAGAACCAGCUAUUGACAGCUACAGUUUACAUGGACAAAGACCAGAUAAUUGUCAGGGAAAUUUAGAGCUGCGUCAGAUAUCAUUCAAUUAUCCAUCUCGUCCGGAUGUGCCUGUACUACAAGAUCUAUCCAUUACUAUACAAAGUGGACAGACUGUGGCAUUUGUGGGCAGCAGUGGAUGUGGGAAAAGCACCUCUGUCCAACUCCUGCAGAGGUUUUAUGACCCUUGCCAAGGAGCUGUGUUGUUCGAUAACACUGACCUAAAAAACUUGAAUGUUCAAUGGCUUCGAUCCCAAAUUGGAAUUGUCUCCCAAGAGCCAGUGUUAUUUGACUGCAGUAUUGCUGAGAACAUUGCCUAUGGGGACAACUCCCGCAAAGUGUCUAUGGAGGAAAUACAACAAGCCGCAAAAGCUGCAAAUAUCCAUUCAUUUAUAGAAGAGCUGCCAGAGAAAUAUAACACAUCAGUUGGAGGUAAAGGAACUCAACUGUCUGGAGGUCAGAAACAGAGAAUUGCUAUUGCUCGGGCACUGAUACGUUCUCCUAAAGUUCUGCUGCUUGAUGAAGCCACCUCAGCACUGGACAAUGAAAGUGAAAAGGUUGUACAACAAGCUCUUGAUCAAGCGAGGAAAGGACGGACUUGCAUCAUGAUCGCACACAGGCUAUCUACAGUCCAGAAUGCAGACCUUAUCGUUGUGAUGAAGAGUGGAAGAGUAAGAGAAAUGGGAACUCACCAACAACUUCUCUCUAACAGAGGAGCAUAUUUCCAACUUGUAAAUGCACAAACCAUGAGUUAAUGUAAAUGCUGUAAUUAGUUCAAAAACAAAGUGAAUAUGAAGGCAUGAGACCUAAAUGUUUGCUCUGAUGCUGCUACUAGUAGAAAUUAAAGGGAGUCUGUCACUUCCAUAUGGCCAUAUACAGUGCUUACAUGG